AUGUCUCCUUUAACACUAGAAGGUGAGACACUUGGAAAGAAGCAUCGACAUUACAAUACUUUAGUUAAAACAGCCGCCACUGCUGUUACGUACAAUUUGGAAAAUAUACGUUACGAUGACGACGAUAUCGACAACUUGUUUAAGGUUGAUGUUGCGUGCGCACGUAGAAAUGUGCAGUACAUUUUAGAGGUGCUAAAAGGAAGCGAUAUACUUUACGUAUCCCGUGCACUGCGGCAUAGCGUAUGGUUUCUGUGUGAUGAUCAGUAUGCAUAUAUAAUCAACCCGCGCCACCUACACCAAGAGCUCUUUCCACAAAUGGCUACUAAACCAAAGAUCAAACUUCUUCUUCAAAUAAGACUCCAUCUGAAAAACUCAGAUCGUGCAGAAGACUUUUUUUGA